AGCCUGUUGUUAGCAGGCAUCAUUUGUUCUUGUAAGAUGUUCAUCAAGUCGGUCGUGGUUGCACUGGUGUGCUGCGCAGCCUUGGCUGCGGGCAAUCCUGCCGCUGGCGUGCCUUGGCGCUGGACUCCUCUUCACCUAACAGUCACCCCCAACGUCAGGGCCUUGCCCUACAAGAGCGUCAUCGAUACCUACGUGCCCAAGGAAAAAUUUUCUGGCACUCGAGUCGUUGAGGGCUGCGGUCCCGUGCCAACUCAGGACCGCAUUGUGGGCGGUGAAGAGGCCGUGCCUCACUCCUACCCCUGGAUGGUCGGCCUCUUCAUCAACAUCGCCACCUUCUGCGGCGGCUCCAUCAUCGACAAGGAAUGGAUCCUGACGGCUGCUCACUGCUUGGAUAAUGCGCGGACUGUUGAUGUGGUGGCAGGUGCCCACUACAUCCAACAAAACGAGCCCACUCAGGUAACCAUAACAUCCACGGAAUUCUACGUCCACGAAGACUGGGGCAGCAUUCUCAUCAGAAACGACAUUGCGCUCCUCAAGCUGCCAACGCCUCUAACAUGGACUCCUGAAAUUGCGCCGGUUUGCUUGCCCUCAUACAGCGACGCCGAGCUCGUGGCUGGCGACCUGGUCAACCCCUCGGGCUGGGGUCUUCCCUCUGAUGACUCGUCAUCCAUCAGCCCCGUGCUGCGCCAGGUGACCGUGCCAGUCCUGGACAACGAUGUCUGCGCGCAGUCCUACCCUGGCUCUGUCACCCCAGACGUUAUCUGCAUCGACACCACGGGAGGCCAUGGAACUUGCAGCGGUGACUCCGGUGGACCCCUGAACUACGUGAACGGAGGCAAGACCACCACCCGCGGCAUCACUUCCUACGGUUCCAGCACCGGUUGUGAAACCGGCUACCCAGAUGCCUUCACCCGCGUCACCCACUACCUCAGCUGGAUCGCGGAAAAAACUGGCAUCGCCAUUGACCCAUGAGCAUUAUGGAUUUUUAAAAAUUGCUGCAGAAAUAUAAUUUAUGAAUAAAA